CGGAGCGAAGGUCACAGGCGGAGCGUAAGUUUCUUCUUUCUAGUGUAAAUUUGCGCUUAACAACCCCCACCUCAACCCAUCCUCUGGGUGUGGGAGUCACUACGGACCUUAAAAUCACCGCACCUGCCCCUCCGCCCCAAGCCGGUCCUUCUGCUCCCCCGGCCUCCGCUUCUUAGUCAGCCCUUCCCCUCACCCCGCAGAGGGGGAGGUGACCUGGGCCAGCCGUGUGACGCUCAGUGUUCUUCGGUCUCAAAGUCCACCCCGCUGGAAAAUGUGCACUUCCGCUGGGCGGGCAUCUUAAUUCAGUCGACAUCACGGUAAAUAUGUGGGCGAGGGGAUCAGGAGAAGCAGAGACAGAGCGGUUGACAGAGAAAUAGGAAAACUAAGGUGAAAAUAAGAAUGAGGGAGAACAGAUGGCAACGUAGAGGAUGGGUGAGGGCCUGUUUAAAUGAGUACUUGGUAAGGAUGUCAGUGAUCUUUUAACAGUUGAAAGUGAGUUCCGUCAGUCAAUCUAGUAUUGCGUUUUCUUCCCUUUUAUGUGAUCUGUGAGCUACUAAGUAGAUGUGCCUCUCAAGUACCUCUUGUCUGUUCUCUGCAAGUGAUGAAGAACGGGCUGGAUUGACCUGGAACCUUCUUCCAACAGAGCCCCUCUAUUCAUGAUGAAGCCGUUUGCCCAGAGCUUAUUUCUAAGCUGACCCCUUUCAGCGUUUUUCCAGGAGGACCACCUUCUUGAGCUCCAUACUGAAUGCCCAGUGGCCUUCAGUUUGCAGCUUGUGUGUGUUCCUCUCGCGAUCCUGUGCCCAUAGGUCUCUGUGCCUUUCAGCCCUGUUUGCUCAGGCAUGCGUGAAGGAGAGGAGGAAAAAUGGAGAAAGUGGAGAGGAGCCUGUAGGUGUCUGCCGGAGGGAUACGGAAGUCAACCUCUAAAGACUCAUGUUGUCUGAGGAAGAAGCCCAGAAGAGGAGGGAGAGGAAAGAAAAGGAGUCAGGAAUGGCUGUGAAUCAGGGACAGGUGACCUUUGAGGAUGUGGCCAUCACGUUCUCUCGGGAAGAGUGGGAAUGCCUGGACCCUGCUCAGAGGGCCUUGUACCGGGACGUGAUGUUGGAGACCUACGGGAACCUGCUCUCCCUGGCUGUCUCUCAUAUACAUGUGAUCAAGAAAUUAAAACCAAAAGCGAACAGUGACAGAGGAGAAGUAUUCCAAACAGUGAUGUUGGGAAGACAUGAAAGCCAUGAAAUCAGAGAUUUUUACUUCAGGGAGAUCCAGGAAGACAUGCAUGUGUUUGAGUGUCAGUGGAGAGAUGAUGAAAGAAAUUACAAAGGAAUGCCUAUAACCCAUAGUGAAAAUCUCACUGACAGAAAAAAUCAACAUGGUGGAAGGGAUACUGGAAACAAACUUAUUGAAAAUAAGCUUACAUUAAGCUUUCGGGAUGAACUGCAUAUAUUUAAAAGUGAAGAGAAAUUUGAUCAAUUUAAUCAGGCUGACAAGAGUAUCAACAGUAGUACCUCAUUUUUACCACUUCAGACAAUUUCUUCUAUUGUCCAAACCAACAUUUCUAGUACAUAUAAGAGUGACUUUAUGCAUCCUUCAGUACUGACACAAGACCAGAAAGCAUACAAGGAAAAACCUUACAAAUGUAAUGAGUGCGGCAAAACCUUUCCUUAUGGCUCAAACCUCAGUAGACAUCAGUUAAUCCACACAGGAGAGAAACCAUAUAAUUGUGAUGUAUGUGGUAAGGUGUUUAGUCGAAAUUCGCACCUUGCGUGUCAUCAGAGAAUUCAUACUGGAGAGAGACCUUACACAUGUAAAGAGUGUGGCAAAGCCUUUAAUCAGCGCUCAAACCUCACUCGACAUCAGGUCAUCCAUACAAGAGAGAAGGCAUAUGAAUGUGACGUGUGUGGCAAGGUCUUCAGUCGAAAAUCAAUCCUUGGAAGUCAUCAGACGGUGCAUUUUGGAGAGAAAUCUUACACAUGUAAUGAGUGUGGCAAAGCCUUUAGGAAGCAUUCAAGCCUUACUCAGCAUAAGAGGAUCCACACUGGAGAGAAGCCUUACCUAUGUGUUGAGUGUGGAAAGGCCUUUAGGAAGCAUUCAAAUCUUACGCAACAUAAGACAAUCCACACUGGAGAGAAACCUUACAGAUGUAAUGAGUGUGGCAAAGCCUUCAGUGUGCACUCAGCCCUGAGGAACCAUCGGAUAAUCCACACAGGAGAGAAACCAUACAAAUGUGAUGUAUGUGGCAAGGUCUUUAGUCGCAAUUCAGUCCUUGCAAGUCAUCAGAGGCUGCACACUGGGGAGAAGCCUUACAAGUGUCAAGAGUGUGGGAGGUCAUUCAUUCAACGUUCACUCCUUUGGAUUCAUGAGAAAAUUCAUACUGGUGAGAAACCUUACAAAUGUAACGAGUGCGGCAAAGCCUUUCCCGUGCGGUCAAUCCUCACCCAGCACAUGAGAAUCCAUACUGGAGAGAAACCUUAUAUAUGUGUUGAGUGCGGCAAAGCCUUUACAAAACAUUCAAAUCUUACUCAGCAUAAGACAACCCACACUGGAGAGAAACCGUACAAAUGUGAGGAGUGUGGCAGAGCUUUUACCCAAAUUUCAAGUCUUAGCAGGCACCAGAGAAGGCACACCGGGAAGGAGACCAGUAAAUGUAGUGUGUGUGUCAAGGCUUCGAUGCAGCGUUCACAGCUUUGGGGUCACGAGAGAACUCACGCUGGAGAACUCCAGUGCAACUUAUGUGGCAAGGCUUUCACCCAGCACUCAAACCUUGCGGCACAUCAGAGGAUCCAUAGAGGAGAAAGACCUUAUAAAUGUAAUAAAUGCGAUAAGGCUUUUGUCCAGAAUUCGCAGCUUUGGCGUCACAAGAGAACUCACAUUGGAGAGAAAUCUCAUAAAUGUAGUGAGUGUGGCAAAGCCUUUACAGAUAGCUCACAUCUUAAUCGACAUAAGAUAAUCCACACUGGUGAGAAGCCUUACAAGUGUCGUGAGUGUGGCAGAGCGUUCACCCAAUUUACAAACCUUGCUAGGCAUCAGAAGAUACAUACGGAAAAGAAACAUCACAAAGCUGAUACGCGUGGCAGUGCUUUUAUUAAAAGCUGAAGCUUUGGGGAUCAUCGGAGAAUUCAUAGUAGAAAGAAUAUAAGGAUUGAGAUAAAACUUAUGCAGGUGGUCAAGCCUUAAGAUCAGAGACUCCAUCAAGGAGAGAAAUCAUAUAAAACCUUAAGUACGUGGCAAAGCUUGCAACCAGGCUUGUGGAACAUAACAGAAUUCUUACCAGAGAGAAACCUUCCACAUGUAAUGACAGUGACCAGCUUUGUCAGAAAUGUGGACCUUUGUGGUCAUGAAUGAAUUCACGUAAGAUAGAAACUGUACAAGUGUGUCAAGGCCUUUAAGCAGUGACCUCAGGAUCCACCACAAAGAAUUCAUACCGGAAAGAAACACUACAAAUGUAACAAAGGUGAUAAAGUGUCCAACCAGCGCUGUCAGUCGACUUACACGUAAGAGAAUUUAUACUGGGGGAGCUAAAUCUGCCAAUGGAGAAAGGACAUCUGUGGGAAAGUUUAAUUAUCUUCAGUUUGUGAAAUUUUUUUAUUUAGUUAUUUGAGGUUUCUUGAAAAGGCUGCAUUAUUGUUGAUGACCUGCAACCUGAGGUUAGAAACCUGUUGAUGUCAUAGUUUCAUUACAUGCUUUUCAGUUGUCACCAUGAUGGUCUCAGGAAAGGGAUCAGUAAGAUGAAAGGACCUACUUCUUGGGAAUUCCCUGGCGGUCCAGUGGUUAGGACUCCGCACUCUCACUGCCAGGGACCCAGGUUCAGUCCCUGGUCAGGGAACUAAGAUCCCACAAGCUGCGCUGCACGGCCCAAAAAAAAAAACAAAAAGACCUACUUCUUUAGGUGGGGUUUAUUCGUAUCCGUGUAACCAAGAAAAACUAGGACACAAUUUUAAGAUACAAUAUGAUAUAAAUUUGAGAGCCUGGGGAGUGACAGAAUAGAUGAACACUAAUAAUACAUUAUUUGGCUGUUUGGGUUGAAUGGCAUAUAUAACAAUCUCUUUCCAUGUUAGACUCAAACAACUUACAGUUUUGAAAAUGUAUAUUCAUAAUUUGCAUUUAGCUAUUCACUCCAUGGUGUAUCCUAGAUUAUUUCUGUGCCUAUAAUAAAAAUACAGUGAAAUUUCAGAUUCUCACACCCUAAUACCUGCCUCCCAACAUUCAUGGGUAUACACGAUAUGAUUAUAGUUUUGCCUGCCUUUUUGUGCAUGGAGGCCAAAAUUAGACCCAUGGAUUGCACCUUUACAUGAAGUGAAAAUAGAAAUAUAGUAAGGAUACGAAAAAUAUAAGAAAAUAUCAGAAAUUUCAGAAGUAAAGAAAUAUAACAGCCUAUUUUUUGUAAUUGGAGCACUCAGGGAAAUAAUUUGAAAGGAUCGGUGUUCAUGAGUUUCCUUUUUUUUUUUUUUUUUUUGUGGUACACAGGCCUCUCACCGUUGUGGCCUCUCCCCUUGCGGAGCACAGGCUCCAGAUGCACAGGCUCAGCGGCCAUGGCUCACGGGCCCAGCCGCUCCGCGGCAUGUGGGAUCUUCCCGGACCGGGGCACGGACCCGCAUCCUCUGCAUCGGCAGGCGGACUCUCAACCACUGCGCCACCAGGGAAGCCCCAUAAUAGCCAUUUUGAAAGGCUAUAAAAAUCUAUUUGAAGUUACAGUAAUAAGUAAUAUGUUUCAUAGUUUCUAAAUUGUAGUAACAUUCCAUUUUGUUAGUCAUAUUUAUUGUCUUUUUAAAAUACUGUUUAGCCCAAUUUGUAUAUUUAAUUUGUAUUUCCUUUUUAUGGAGUCAGUGAAGAAUCUGGAGGAUGCAUAAAUCAAAGUUAUUUUCAGUUUUGUGUGGUAUGAAAGUGUACGUAGAGCAAUGACAGGUACAAAGCAUGUGUUAUAUUAAACACAAAGAAAGAGGCCUCUCCCGUUUUUCAUUUAGGUUGAGAGAAUUGAACUGAUACGAGAUAAUGAACCAAAGUCUCAGAAUGUGGAAGCAGGAGACUUGUUGCUAAUGUGCAGGUGCAUCACUGGAAUUUUUGGAAACUCGCUAUGUUAAUUUUAUCUUACAGUGUAUCUCUUCAGUUCCUCCCCGUCUUGCCCUUAUUCCUGUCAUCGUCUUUUCCUUCCAUUAGUACAAUGGAAACUGGAACUCAUGUCCCCAACACCUUGUAGGCCAUGGUUAGUAUGAUAGAGCAGAUCGCUUUCCUGAGUUUGGUAUGAGAUACUAGAUUAUGUUUGUUUUGCUGAGGUAUAAUUUGCAUAUGAUAAAAUUCACAAUUUUUAAGUGCACAGUAUGGUAGGACUUGUAUAUUUACAAUGUCCAACCACAGGAUUGUCAUCAUUCAUCACUCCCCUUUAAAAACAAACAAGCCUGCACACACUAGCAGUUAUUCCAUACUCCAUCCCCAGCCACAGGAGACAUUAAGUUACCUUCUGUCUGAAUGUGGCUCUUUGGGGCAUUUCAUAUAAAUUAAGUCAUAUAACGUGGCCUUAUUUCUCCCUUCUUUCAGUUAGUUUACUCUCUACAAGCGUCAUCCAUAUUGUAACAUUUAUUAGUGCCUCAGAACUUUUUAUUGCUGAGUAGUAAUACCCACAGUUUGAUUACCCAGUCGUCACUCAUUGGAGGGGUUCUUUACACAUUUUGGCUGUUAAGAAAAAUGCUUCUAUGGACAUCUUUUACAAGAAGUCUUUGUGGAUAUGUGUUUUCCCUUCUCUCAGGUAUAUUUGUAUAAGAGGAAGCUCUGAUUGUGAUAUUAUAAUUUAUGACAUAUAGAUUUGGUCAUUCAGAUGAGUAAUGCAUUACUUCCACUCACACUCUAUUUGGUGAAACUGUUCUCACGGUCUUGCCUAGCUGCACAGUGGCUGAGAAAUUAGGGGAACGCGUAGCUCUUGAUGUGGAGCAAUUAAAAGAGUGAAGAAAGUCAUUAUGUUGGUGUAAUUACCCUGCAACUAUAUGUGGAAAUUAAAAUGAAUAAAAGUGAAAAAUAUAAUUGAGAAGUAUAAUGUAAGAAUUAUUUCAUGUCUUUCAGAACAAACAUAACUUUAAAAUAGCAUUUUAAGUUCACCCUCAAUUGAGUAUGUUUACCAUUUCCAGGGAAAUCCUGUUGACAUCUCUGCUGCUUCAUGGGAAAUAUUUAUUGUAGCUUUCCCAAUUCUGAACAUCACUGAGUUAUGAUAUAACAGUUAUAUUUCCAUUAAGUUGUAGUCCAACAUGAAAAUACAUUUAGAGAUGACAUUAAACUAUAACUAUUCUAAACUAGAAUCAGAAUAUCUGUAUUAAAACUUGAAGAAUUAUUAUUUUAUUUUAUUUUUUAAUUUAUUGUUGGCUGCGUUGGGUCUUCGUUGUGCGCGGGCUUUCUCUAGUUGUGCUGAGUGGGGUCUACUCUUCGUUGUGGUGUGCGGGCUUCUCGUUGCGGUGCCUUCUCUUGUUGCGGAGCACAGGCUCUAGGCGCUCGGGCUUCAGUAGUUGUGGCACACGGGCUCAGUAGUUGUGGUUCGCAGGCUCUAGAGCGCAGACUCAGUAGUUGUGGCACACGGGCUUAGUUGCUCCGUGGCAUGUGGGAUCUUCCCGGACCAGGGCUCGAAUCUGUGUUCCCCUGCAUUGGCAGGCAGGUUCUUAACCACUGCGCCACCAGGGGAGUCCCUGAAGAAUUAUUUUAGUUUGUUUAGAUUGAGAUGAAGCUGAAAGGAAAUAAAUCUGUAAUUUAGACAACACUAAGUCCUCUAAUAACUUUUGCCUCAUUUGGAACACCUCAUAGACUGGCCAUGAGUUGCAUGGAAUAUUAUACUCUCAGGCCUUAGAACAAAGUCAGUUGAUAUAUCUCUUCCCACAAUUAUCCUUGGCUACCUUGUCAUUUAAUAUCAUUAAUAAAAGGGGUAUUUUACUUUGAUCUGAAAAAUGUUUUCUUGAACAUCUUUUUCCUUUACCUUCCUCUGUUUUUGAGGUGGGAAUAUGAAAUUCCAAAAUUCCAAUCCCUUAUCAAUUAUGGUGGCCAUUUAACACAACUAGCUAAUAAUAUUUGGGUGAAAAAAUGUCUGGGAUUAUUGUUGCCAUGAAAACAGGAUAAAAUCUAAUAAUGAAAAGGGUUUUACCCCUCAGCCUUCACCCUUCUUUGUCAUCCCUCAGCCAGGUUGCUAUUAGGACACCGAAGACUUAAGUGCUCAUGGCGGUAGAAGGGUAGAGGACCUAUCACACCGCCCACGGCACCCUCUGGACUUCCUGUUAGCCAAGAAUGAUAAACCUCCUACUUGUUUCAUUCACUGUUUUCUAGGCAGUCGGUCACUUACAAAAACAAAAACACAAACCUACGUGACAAAUAAGAUUAUUAUUUUGUUUUGGGAGUAGAAUGGAGCAUUGGAGAGGGAAUCCUGAAAUUAAUAUUUGGUGGUUUGGAAAAAUUCCAUGAAAACAUUACUUCCCUGAUGAGUUAGAUCCGUUUAGCCCAUGUUGCCUAAAAUUCACAAUGUGUGAACAAAACGCAGCGUGACCGUUUACGACAGAUGCUUAGUAACACUAUGUUGGAAAGUUAUGGAAGUGAGGAAUUCAGUGUCACAAAUAUAUUUUACUUGACCGUUUGACCUACUAAUCUGUGAUUGUACCCAUUACAGAAACUUUCUUCUUUGCACUGAUAAAAUGCAUUCAUUCAUUCUAUCAGUAAGAAGUGAUUCUGGGACUUCCCUGGCAGUCCAGUGGUUAAGACUCCACGCUUCAAACGCAGGGGCUGCGGGUUUGAUCCGUGCUCGGGGAACUAGUAUCCCACAUGCCGUGCAGCACAACCAAAAGAAUUAUUUUUUUUAAUUUUUUAAAUAAAACAAUAAUGUGACAGAAAGAGAGCAUCAUCCCCUUUGGAAAAAAAGAUGAUUCUAAUCACUGAUGACAUAGCAGGAAACAAAAUGCCCUAGCUUCCAGUAGCUUAUAUUCCAUAAGGGUAAUUCAGCAAUAAGGUACAAUGUUUAAAAGUACAA